AUGACCGAAAUUGCCAGUCGAUUCCUUAAAGGAGUUUUACUUAAGUGUUGUGAUUCCCUUUACCGUCAAUCUAAUAUUGUCUUCCAAAAUAAUGGCUACAGCAAUAUUUUACUGGCAAUCCACGACAGCGUUACUGACGAAACGAUACUAGAUAAAAUUAAGGAUGCAUUUACUAAAGCAUCAUCAACUUUACACACGGCAACCAAGAAGAGAGCUUACUUUAAGGAGAUUAUUAUACUCGUUCCAAAUAGUUGGAAGGACAGUCCUGGAAUUACACCAGCAGCCGCAGGACAGACUUUGCAAUAUGCGGACAUAAUUGUUUCAGCACCAAUACCUACACAUAGAAACUUUCCUUAUACCCGAUCGUACGCAGGGUGUGGCCAUUCAGGAAUCCAUAUUCAGAUGUUGACAGAUGUGUUUCUCCAUCCCUCAAAACCUCCUGUCAAGUUGUCACCGGAAAAGUUUAUCGUCCACGAAUGGGGCACAUUCAGAUGGGGAGUUUUCAAUGAAUAUCCAAACCCUGGUGAAAAUGAAUUUUACUAUUCCACUAUGUUCGGCAGAGCUGAUCCUAUUCGGUGUUCUAUGGGAUUAUUAGGAAGAUCAAUGGCUAGAUUUCCUAAUGGGACUAUGAGCGUUUCUGCAUGCAACUUUGUCAAGGGACCUUUAGACCCCAUUACAGGCCUUGUUGAUCAAAGAUGUAAAUAUUAUCCAUAUCCGUACCACAACAGAGGAUUCGAAUCAAUGAUGGAUCAUCAGUGGGUUAAAGAGAUAACACAUUUUUGUGAUGACCAAACGGACUACAAGCAUAAUAAGUAUGGACAUAAUAGCGAAGCACCAAACAUGCAAAAUAGACUGUGUGGCCAUCGUAGUACAUGGGCUGUAAUCGAAGGAACAGAAGACUUCCGAAAUGGUCUGAACCAACCACAGAGUAUUUCUAACCUAGUUCCAACAUUCAAGAUUGUAAAGGCGGCGAGAACGAAGAGAGCUACAAUUUACCUGGACGAUAACACCUUGAAAACUAGUCAGCUUGCAGACCAUGUCAUUUCUAUGCUCCCAUCCAACACACGUGUUCUACUCAGACAUCCAAAUCAACAUAUGGGACAUCAUCUCAUAAGAAGAGCAGUCAAACAUGGUGACCAGAAAAUUAUAUUGAAACUGCUUUACCAUCAAUAUUUGUCCUUACAAGAAGGCAGAAUUUUUCAAGAUUCCUUUAUAGUUGAUGAAUAUCUAAAUGGAAUUUUGUCGAUUCGUUUAUCCUAUGACACGAAUCCAGCACCUCAGUUAAAACUAAAAGAUCCAAACGGAAAAAUAAGGAAUGACAUAGAUGUCGAUGACAAAUUGAAAGUGCUGCAUUUCAAAGCCGAAUCUGCAGAGGAAGGCAAAUGGAUGAUUACUGUGUCUACAACGCACUCAGCUGAACAAAAUAUUGACAUCAACGUGGCUGCAUCCUCGAUUAUUGCAAACUUUCGGCAACCAAUCACCGUUUCUGCCAAAGCUGUACAGCAACCUUACCAAGAUGUCCACAGAAUAGCCGUGUUUGCAGAGGUUAGACAAGGUCAUCACCCUAUUAUUGGACUGAAAGUCACAGCCAUAUCACAAUUAGAUGGCAGAUUGCAUCAAACGGACUUAUAUGAUAAUGGUUCUGGUGCAGAUAUACAGACAGGAGAUGGUAUUUAUUCCAGGUUCCUCCCUCAUCAUCAGAAUACUCAUGGAUUGAAAAUACAGCUGUCUGAUCUGUUCGGAAAUGGUCAUAUUCUAAAUAAUUCACUAGUGUACAAUGAAGAUGAGAUCGACCCUGAGGAAAGAUACGAAUCUACCAUAAUUCCUUUAAAACACGGUAUAAGUCGAGUAACUCUGAUUUCAUCGGACUUAAGUAUACCACAUGGCAAUAUCAACAGAACCACGAUACCUCCAGCAAGAAUACAAGACUUGAAAUCACGUGGUAUGAGCAAUGACAAUGUAAUAACACUAACCUUUACAGCUACUGGUGAUGAUCUAGACCACGGAAGAGCCAACCAUUACAACAUUUUAUAUGCACAUAAAAGCCAGGAAAUAUUCAAUAGAAGGCAAUCCUUGGUAUCCCUCAAACACGUAUCACAGUCCGCUGUAAUAAAUGGCUCACUAUAUUUACCACGUUCAUCAGGACAGCAAGAGGUUUUCCGAAUAAAUGCAACAAGACUGGCGCUAUACCAGAACUCAUUUGCCUUUGUUAUUGUUGCUGUGGACAGAGAAGGCAACAAAGGAGAUAUGUCCAAUCUUGUAACAGCUGGAUCUAACAUCUACGUGGCAGUCAAAUGGGAUUUCGUAAAGUCGAGAAUAUGACCUUUCCCGAUCCUGUAUUGGACCAAUCCUACUCCCCGUAGAAGCCCCUGGACAUACAGCUUCAAAUUUAAUAUAAAAAGAUGA